AUGGUGUUUACUUUUGCUAUUGUGCUGCUGGCAGCUUGUUCUACGCUCACGCAUGCUGGACCGGUACCCAGACAUGAUCGGAGACAGCCCUUUGCUAGUUAUGCAAACAGUUCCUCGAUUCAGACUGCGACUAAUGACGUCUUCCCAACUUCUAAUAUCGUCCAGAUACCUUCAGCGCUCUCGACUGCGAGUGAGCUGUUGGUGGAUGCAGAAACUGCACUCAUCGUUCAGCCAAUCCAACAAUCAGUCUUUACAUCUAUAGCACCAGCUAUCACUUUUCAAAAUACGGCAGGGGAGGAUAUUGCAACCGAAGAACCCCAAACCAUCCUGUCCACUCUUUUCAUCACUCCCACACCUACUCCAGCACCACAACAAAGCUCAAGUGCAAUACCCUCACCCACCCCAACUUCAAGUCCAGAGGCAAAGCCAGCCGAGAGCAGCACGUUGAUUGCCUCAAGUAGAGGCUUCUCUGCAGUUCUCAGUAGUUCUGUAGCUGCAGUGGAGAACACGACGGCCAGCGAGACUAGCCUACAGAUACCGCAAUUCACAUAUUCCCCAGAGGAAGACAGUUCAACACUUCCCGCUUCUCCGACAGCGAAUCCAACAAGCGGGACCUUGAAUCCAAGCUCUGGAGGCUUGCCAGGGUUCAGCCAUCCUGGUUCAGCACCUCUAAAUCCUACAGCUGGCAAUGGCAACUCAAGCGUAUUGCCCACAGGAAAUUCUACUCUGAUCCAGUCGACAGCGCAAACUCCUGUCCCCACCGUGGACUCUAGCUCAAUUGUAGCGCCAAGCUCGACGAUCAAUUCUAGUACCAGUAUCUCACUAAAUCCCAACGCGCCUUCACCAUCCGAACCAGUGGUUGAGGACACCACGUCCAUGGUAUAUGUCACAGAGACUCAAUACACCACAGUUUUUCCGUCCCCAUCCCCUACCGAGAGACUGUCUUCAUCGCAAAGUCCUUUGGCACCAGUCGUGCCGACUGACGCACAGAAUACUUUACCAGCGGAGCAGUCGAGCACUGUGGUUUCCAGCAGCUGCUCUAGCGUGUCAACACUCUCAGCAGCACUGCCACCACAUCCACCGCCAGUAGUCAUCAUCACACAGUAUACUACAGUUACACAACCCAAACCUACAGAUGCCCCUGAAGCACCUAGCGCGCCGCCAGCGCCGGCACCAGUGCCAGGGCCUACACUAGCACCGAUUCCUUCCGUGGCGCCCGAGCCAUCAUCCACGUCGUCGGCUCCAGCGCCUGUGCUUUCGUCGUCGUCUUCUCCCGUGGUUCCUGAGCCACAACCAACUCCACCUUUGCAAAGUCCGGAGGAUUCGCCGGUGCCAUCUGCGAGCGAGCCAACGGUUGCGCCGCCUGCCGUCACGGAGUCAAGCGCGCCUCCGCCAGAAGCGAGUGCAUCAACAACACAAGAUGUGCCUGCGCCGACUGAGGCUCCGCCUGAGCCAUCAUCCGAGCCAAUUCCAACCUCUACGACCGAGGGGCCGCUGAUCAUUACGCCCAUUGCGCCAAGUCAGAUCUUCACGGUGACAGUGACGGCUACGGACACCAUCAGAGAGACAACAACAGUGACAGUGACAGCCCUGGUUGCACAUGAGAGAUCGUGUGCUACAAAGUCCUCCGGGCUUCGGGAUCCAGCCGGUGCCCCUGCCGCCCCCAUCGCCGCCUGUUCCCCGACCGUCCACGCACUUGGGCCGACGAAUCCGAGCUUCAUCGCUCUCUGCAGUCCGACAAACUGCGCAGUCAUCGACGGAUUUCGGUCCUUCCUGAUUAGGAAGAUUGCGCUUGGGCCACAACCGCGCUCUCGGCCGUCUCCCGGGAAAGGAAAGACACUGCGAGCUUGCUCACUCUCCCGUCUUCCGGCCUCGAAAACCCUUCUUCCGUUUUUAUAUCAGACGGCAACUAUCCAGCAAUGCACGUCCAGCACGCGGCAAAGUACUCGACGUCACUUUCAGUCUCGCUCAACAAACGCCGAUGAAGAUAUCCCUUUUGAGAGCCCAGAUGUGCCCUUUGAUGAGCGCACUCUGCCACCCGAAACCACGAUAACCGACAACGAGCGCAAGGCCUUUCGAAAGCUAUACCGCACUGCCGUCAGGCAGGAGCAACAGAAGAGCGAAAGGAGACAUCCCCUUAAACGCGACGAAAUCGCCGACGAGUACUAUGAGGAAGAUGAGGAGCCAGAAGUGUCCCUGGACAAAGUCUUCGACGACGUCAUCAAAGGAAGGAUAACCCGCGAGGCACGAAGAAGCCCGCGUCGCCUACCACCCGCCCAGACCAGGCAAACCAGCAACGAUGAGCAGCCCACUGAACAAGACACGAGCAAGACUGCGGCUGCCAAAGCCGACGCUCUGAGACUGAAGAACCUCCGCGCCGCAGAAAUGGAACGCUUUGUCAAUCUUCUGUCCACUGCGAAAACCGACGUUGAACUCUGGCACAUGCUCGAAACCCACGUCUUCACCCCAAUUCGCAAACUCGACCUCGACAGCACCUCAAACCCCAAAUCCCAGCGCGACGCCAUUGAGCCCCCCAAAACCCAUCUCGACGUCAUCGCCCGCUUCAAUGCCAAACGCUCCCGCCAAAAGUCCCCCUCCUCAUCCUCCUCACCAGACAUCGACGACCUAACCCAGCAACGCAUCCUCUUCCGAAACUUCCCCCACUACCUAACCCACUUCCUCACCACCCUCCGCACCAGCUUCCCCUCCUCCCCACUCUCCCUCUCCCUCCUCCCCACCCUAAAAUCCCUCGGCCGCUCCCCCUACGCCCUCGGCGCCACAACCCCACUCUACAAACUCCUCCUCCGCACCGCCUGGCUCCACCACGCCUCCUACACCACCCUCGACGCCCUCCUCACCGAAAUGCACAACUCGGCCGUCGAAUUCGACGCCGAUGUCCUCGCCCUGCUCGACAAUAUCAUCCGCGAAUACAACAUGGCCAUGUCGGGCGUGUUUGGCCGCGAAAUGCUCAUGGUCUAUGGCAUGGAUGCGUUUGUGCAGGGGAUUGCAAAGAUUAAGGGCUGGAGGGAUGUCGUGGCUGCUAGGGUCGGCCCGGUGGAGAAUAGACCGAGGCCGUUGGGCACGUUGGAGAUGAGGGGAAAGUAUAAGGGGCCGAGGAAGGUGGAAUCUGAUGGGCCAAUGGCGGGUUGGGGGGGAGGGAGGUACUAG